UCUCACUCUCAUUCGAUACUACCGUCUUGUCUACAGAACAUGUAGAUCUCGCCCCACACCAAAUGCUAAACCAGAAGGCAUUGAUCAUCGAAAGUAGUCAGUGCGAUUUUUUCAACUCAUUCAGAACCGUCAACUGGUCGAUGACUGACGGUUAGUUAUUGAGCGACGGACAAGACACUAAUAUGCAUUAGUGACAGCAUUGAUAUUGAAAGAAUAGUUGAACAAGACGCGCUAUCUAUAUCAUAUCUCAUAGCUCUACGCUUUAUUUCUUAAGAAAAGGAAGGAUCGGUUGACCUAGCAGCAAAAGCGGGAUAUGCUCUGAUGUAUUUCAAUCUACUGUUGGCCGGAUUUACUGUACUUAGCUGUACACUGGUAUACCAUAUUUUGAUGGUCUAUUUGAGAUGACACCUAUGUAAAAAGGUUGUUUGCAAGUCCAUUGAAAAAGCAAUGUUUGUUGGUUUACACAGACUAAAACUACGGGGUAAACAUUCUUAGGAUUAAGCCAAAUCUAUCUCAAUUUGAUAUCUUUCUUGAAGUAGAAAACGAAUUAAAUUCAUUACAAAGACUUUUUCGUUUUGAAUGAUUCUUUGGAGUAUUGAGCCACGAUCUGAUAUUUGUAAGAAGAACAUUCUAUACCGGCAUACGCUUACGGUAUCCAUAUGGGUAACCUUCUAAAAAGUCAACAACGGGGAUAGGCGACAAUCGAGUCUAGAUGUGUUGGGACUAACGAGACCAAGGCUGUUUAAUUUCCCACCAUAGUGAGAAAAAUGAUAUCAUAGCUGAACUUAAAUCAUCUGCCAACUACCAACUACUAUGGAUUUUGAGAUAAAAGAUCGAUAUCUACCGGAAUUUCGGCUGAUUAGGUCAACCUCGGCCAUAACUCGGAGAGACCUAGAACGAAAUACAUUGAUUAACCUACCGCAAAGGGAACGUAACUUGGUGUCAAGGAUAAAGUCGACUCUAGAAGAAAGUUUUGACAAGGAUCUGCGGAUGGGAGUUAGGAAUAUUCAAGAUCCGUCCCCGCGACCUCAAACGGUGGUCAAGACUAUGAUACCUCGGCCAUGGCCACCAGAUGGCUUCAGGUCAAUUGGCAUCAACGACAGGGUAAAGAGCAGCCAUGGGAGAUAUUCUGGGAACAUUACUGAUGCGUCUCUGUGCACUUGUGACAGGACUUUCAGAUCGCAAAACACAAAUUUACUUUCGAUUCAAUUCUGUGAUAUUUUGGGGCCGUACGCUUGCGCAGAUUGUACCAGGAAACGUAAGGUUAUCCGCUUACACGACGCCGUCAUUCCACCGGAAAUGGACGAUAACGCUUUCACGCCAUUGGGUAGGAUGGAACACGAAGCAGCGAACCAUCAGAAAAAGCUUCUGGAUCGGAGACGCCGAAACGCUGCGACCGCUUGCACGGAACGGACUAUAACCGUUGCUGAGGAGAAUGACAAAGUCUCUGAACUCCCGACCGGCUUCUCGGCGCCUGUGUUCCAGAAGCGCCGUGGUACCAUCGAUAUGUUAAGGUCCUUAGUAAGAUUUACUAGGUAUGCCACGUCAUUUGCAACGUACAAAGGAGACAUUACCAAAGUUGCUCCACCUUUAGCCAAGAGAGGGGCCCACGUAGCCGAAACUAACGAAACCACAAAGUAGUUUCGAUUCCAAUCCAUCAAGACUCGCGAUCGGGGAAUGACUGGAUGUCGCCUGUUGAAAUUGUUUCUCCUGUACCCCGUAUAUCCCCGCCACGAGGACACCUGCCAUAUAUUGUUCAACACGGUACCGAUCCAGGCAUGCCGCAGGGCCAUCUUUUGAUCCGAUAGUCCGUCCCAUCGGUGUCAUCGCCAGCGAAAAAAAGGGAUUGCCAUCUGGAUUGGUUGCCUCAGCAGUCAAUUCGAACAACAUUCUACUUAGUAUUAAACUCAGCUUAAUUACACCCGCCGUUGGACCCUAUAGGCGGCCAAUCAAUUUCGCACUGCUGUCUAUCUACCAACUUUUCCAUCAACUAAUUAAGCUAUCUUCUAGCUUACCAACUUUAUCAUUUUGAAUGUACAUGAUGUAUAGCUUCUGACUCUGUUGCCCAAUAGGGCAUGUUUGAAGUACAUUUUUUUGUAAAUGAAAUGGGAUGAUUUGAA